AUGUCUCUACAAAGGCGAAGCACGACGUCCUCGGUGGCAAGCAGCCAGCACUCGAACAGCGGCGGCGGUGGCUCUUCAUCCUCGCCCGAACAGAUUGUCAGCGAUAAAUACAUCGACCCGGUUGCGCUGAGAGCAUAUAUGGAAAAGAACUUUGCGCGGGGGACUUGGAAAGUUCAGUGCAGGCUCGGGAAAUUCAUCAUUACUACGCCAACGAACAUUCCAGAUGCAAGUGCCCUGCCCAAGUCUCAAUUACCGGACGCUGACCUCCAUGUCAGAAGGAUUUUCGUCACUUCACCGUAG